CGUCGCGAGUAACGGUACUGUAUACUCAAUUACUUUCUCGACGACUCUCGGUUAAAAUGAUGCACGUGAUACCUCAUGUUGGGCUCUGGUUUCAACAUGUGACGUCAACAAAUCAACGUACACACUUCCUGGACUUCCUUAUGUCGUCUGCGCCUCCCACCAACCCGCCCCCACCAAGUCCUCUGAAGACAACGCCAUCGACGUCACGGCCAGAGGACUUGUCAAGAUGAAGAACAAGAUUUUGACGUUGCUGCUCGCUUUGGGCGUAUGGAGUGUGGAGGACACAUCUGCAGCAAGGCAUUCCCUGAAGUACUUCCUCACCGCAACGUCUGGCUUGCAAAACUUCCCCGAGUUUGUGGGCGCCGCCGAGGUGGACGGCGUCCGCGUGGGCUACUGCGACAGCAACAUCCAGUCGGCGGAGCCCAAACAGGACUGGAUGAAGAAACUGGUCCGGGACGAGCCGCUGCACCUGGACUGGUACAAGCUCAAGUGCUUCGGCAAUCAGAAUGUCUUCAGGAGCAAACUCGAAGCUUUGAGUCGACGUUUGAACCGCUCCGGAGCAGCCGGCCACGUUUUGCAGCGGAUGAACGGCUGCGAAAUUGAUGACGACAGCGGCGAGGUGACGGGCUACAACCAGUACGGAUACGACGGCGAAGACUUCAUUGUGUUGAACCUGCAGACCCUGACGUGGACGGCGCCUUCCCCGCAGGCCUUCACCACCAAGCUUAUUUGGGACGCGGAGACGGAGAGACUGGAGUACAACAAGUACUACUACAUCCACAAGUGCCCCCAGUGGCUGAAGAAGUACAUGCACUACGGGAAGAGUGUCCUGCAGAGAAAAGAGCUUCCCUCGAUGGCUCUCCUCCAGAAGACACCCUCGUCGCUGGUCUGCUGCCACGCCACGGGCUUCUACCCAGACCUAGCCAUGCUGUUCUGGAGGCGAGGCGGCGAGGAGCUCCACGAGCACGUGGAACACGGAGAGAUCCUCCCCAACCACGACGGAACCUUCCAGAUGAGCGUGAACGUCAACGUUUCGGCAGUGCCGCUCGACGAGCGGGCCGAGUACGAGUGUGUGUUUCGGCUUGACGGCGUCAAAGAGCAGCUGGUCAUCAAACUGGACAAAGACGCCAUCAGAACCAACUGGGUUCCUCCCCCAAAGUUUGGAAUCAUCGGAGGCAUUGUCGGGGCGCUGCUGUUCCUUCUGGUUGUCGGCGUCACGCUAUGUUGCAUCAGGAGAAGAAGGCCUGAAAGCGAAUUCCAGGCUGUUGACGCGGGUGUGGAGUUUGCACCCCCCCCAAUCCCAAUCCAGCGUUCAAGACUGUGAGCAGUGAGCCCAGGAUGGGGUCUGGACAACAUCCAAGAUGCUUGUCAAAGAACUGCAGGACCAGAACUUGUUACAAGAGAAGGCAUGCUGUUUGAUGAUUUAUUAAUUGAUGAUGUCAAUGCUCUUUUCCUAGUAUGAUUUUUAUUUUUAAAUGUUUUUUUUGUUUUUUUUUAACAUUUUAUUGGGUUUAGUAUUUAUUGUUUUAUUUCAUGUAUUGCUUGUGACUUAGUAUUAAACAGCAUAAUAAUGUUAAUUUCCCCCCCCCCCCCCAAAGGCUAUUUGCACUUCCCUGUAAUGUGAUGCACGUGAAAACUAUUUUUCCCUUUCUAUUUUUUUUUUUUUUUUUUUUGUACUGUGUUGUAAUAA